GUUGACACACUGUGCCUAAAGGACUGGGUGCAACACCUUAGUAGACCGGUAGCAUUUACUUUGGCCAACAAAGAGUGCAUGAUGGUGGAGGACUACGUUAAAGAUGUAGUUUGCACCUUCUCUUACCCAGGAGGAGAAAUAAAUCAUAAGAUAUAAUUCCUGGUGAGCGACGAGUUGCCCUUUGACAUGUUGUUGGGCAUGUACUACCUCGAGGUUGCCAAGCCCCAGUUUGACUGUGACAAGAAGGUGUUGAAGCACGAGUUGCCUAGUGGGAGAACCGUGAGACUGGCUAAGUACAAAGCAAGUAGGUUCAUAGACUCCUAUGGGUGCUUAUGCGCAUCAACUUUCUAUAUUUAUUAUAAACAGAACCAAGAGGAAGGGAUGUACUUAGUUUAUGUCUCUGCAAAAGGGGAGGCCAUUGAAACACCCCCAAAGAUAGAGACCAUUGUCGCUAAGUACCCUGAUCUGUUCGAGGAGACCCCAGGAGUCGUAGACAGGGAGGUUGUCCAUGCCAUAGAGAUCAUCCUAGGUAGCAAGACACCUAAAGGGAGAAUCUAUAGGAUGGCUCCGGCCGACUUGGACGAGCUUCGUCGGCAACUGAAAGAGCUCACAGAAAAGGUUUGGAUACGGCCUAGCGCUUCCCCCUUUGGUUCACCAGUUCUUUUUGUUCCAAAGAAAGGGGGAACACUGAGGAUGUGCAUUGAUUAUAGAGACCUCAAUGCCAUCACAGUUAAGAACGUAGAGCCUCUACCACGCAUCGACGACCUAUUGGACAGGGUGCAUGGAUGUAAGUAUUAUACAAAGAUAGACUUAAAAUCCGGCUACCAUCAAAUUGCCAUUAGACCAGAGGACCAACACAAAACCGCAUUUCAGACCAGGUACGGUCUGUGUGAGUUUGUAGUGAUGCCCUUUGGCCUUUGCAAUGCGCCGCGUACAUUCCAGCACGCCAUGAAUAGGAUCUUCCAUGACUACUUAGAUAAGUUCGUUGUCGUGUACCUCGACGAUAUACUUAUCUUUAGUAGAACUGUCGAGGAGCAUGCUCAACAUGUAGACAAAGUACUUUCACUUCUUCGACGACACAAGUAUAAGAUAAACGCAGAGAAAUGCGAGUUCGGUCACACUCGAAUCUUGUACUUGGGUCAUGAAGUAUCCGCGGAUGGGAUUAGGCCCGAAGAUGCGAAGGUGGCUAGCAUUAGGGACUGGCCACGACCCCAGUCCAUGACUGAGGUCAGAUCAUUCUUGGGAAUGUGUGGUCAUUAUCACAACUUCGUGAAGAACUAUAGCACGAUCGCAUCUCCCUUGACUGAUCUAACUCGACUUGACACACCAUGGGACUGGACCGAGGAGUGUGAGGCAACGUUCAAACGUUUGAAGCAUGCUCUCACGCACCAUGAGGUUCUCAUGGUACCCGACCCGCAAAGGCCAUUUGUUGUAACCACUGACGCAAGCCAAUAUGGCAUUGAUGCAGUGCUGGCUCAACAGGACGGGAAAAAGUUGAGACCAGUGGAGUACAUGAGCAAAAAAAUGUCAUCAAAGAAGUUGGCAAAGUCCACCUACGAGAGGGAACUCUACGCUCUCUACAAGGCACUUGUCCACUGGAGGCACUAUCUGUUAGGAAGGUUUUUCUAUUUGAGAACUGACCAUCAGACCCUCAAGUGGAUCAAGACACAGCCGGUUCUCUCCGAUGCACUCAAACGCUGGAUUGGAGUCAUAGAUCAGUAUGACUUCAAACUAGACUAUGUGAAGGGAGAGUACAACAAGGUUGCAGAUGCGUUGUCUAGAAGGGCAGAUUACCUGGGUGCGCUGAUUUCAAAGUUUGGCCUAUCUGAGGACAUGACUCGAUCAAUGGGGGAAGCCUACAAGGAAGAUCCCAUCACGAUGGACAUCAUUAACAAACUUUCGGCUAAAGACAAGGCCACCACUGAUGAAUUUGUGAUGGUGGAUGGGUUGCUCUUUCUUGAGAAGGCAGGGUUAAAGAGAUUAGUUGUUCCAUCUGAGGAAGAUUUGCGUAGUUUAUUUUUAGGUGAGUGCCAUGACGCAACGGGACAUUUCGACUACAAGAAGACUAGUGCUAACUUAGUACAACAAUUUUGGUGGCCUAACAUGCUGGACGAUGCAAAGAAGUACGUACAAACCUGUCAAGUCUGUCAACGGGACAAGCCGAGGACUCAAGCUCCGCUUGGGUUACUCAAGCCUCUACCCAUUCCUGCUGGCUCAGGGCAUAGUAUCUCCAUGGACUUCAUGGAUACUCUCGUGACCAGCAAGAAUGGCAAGAGGCACAUCUUCGUCAUAGUGGAUAGGCUUACUAAGUACGCUAGAUUAAUCGCCAUGCCAGAAACUGCCAGAACUGAACACGUCAUCAAGUUGUUCAUGGACAACUGGGUGCGUGACUUUGGACUUCCGAAAACGAUCGUCAGUGACAGAGAUGUACGUUUCAUAAGCGAGAUGUGGAAGAAGGUCGCUAAACACAUGGGCAGCCAACUUCAUAUGACUUCUGGGAAUGAUCUCGAAGCAAAUGGGCAGGCUGAACAGAUGAACCGAGUGGUGCAACAUCUGCUGAGGCAUUACAUCAAGCCCAACCACGAUGACUGGGAUGAGAAAUUACCUCUCAUCGCCAGCCUGUACAAUAACGUUGUACAUAGCACCACCGGCGUCAGUCCUAAUCAACUGCAUCUGGGGUGGAAACCUAGAUCUGCUCUAAACUUCCUCUUGCCUGAAAACCGAACUGCUGCAACUCCUGGAACCAUUGAAUUUGGUGUCCAGUAUGAGAAACUGUUGCAGCAGACUGUCGAACACAUCAAGAAAUCUCAAGAAGUCAUGAUUGCUUCUAUAAGAACAAGCGUCGCCGACAGUCCACAUUUCAGGUAGGGGAACGUGUCUGGGUCAAGGCUAGUGAGUUGGGACAUGAGUUUGGCAUCUCUAGGAAACUAAUGCCUUAGUAUUUCGGUC